UUGAAGGUUAAGCUGCCGAAGGCACUGUGGGCGUUUCAUAUUCAAUACAAUGCAACCAGCAGCCGAGUGCUGAGUGAGGUCGAUUAGCUAGGACUAGGCUAGGCCAACAAGAGGGAUCUAUGAUUGAUAGUACUUGUGUGUUUUGAUUGUGCGCUGUAAAAUGAACUCUUCCAAUAUCCUAGUUAUUUGAUGAUUUUUGAAGUUUGUAAAAUUGACCCUAUCAUCAAACAUGGAAAAUCGACAAGGUUCACGAUCAUCAGGUAGAGUAAAUGUUAACAUGGUGGAAGGCGUAGGCUCUCGUGUUGUUCGAGGACCUGACUGGAAAUGGGGAAAACAAGACGGCGGCGAAGGCCACAUUGGCACAGUGAGAAGCUUUGAGUCACCCGAAGAAGUAGUUGUUGUAUGGGAUAAUGGUACUGCUGCUAACUAUCGUUGCGCAGGAGCAUACGAUCUAAGGGUUCUUGACAGUGCUUCUACAGGAAUAAAGCACGAUGGAAGCAUGUGUGAUACAUGCCGUAUGCAACCAAUAUAUGGAAUUAGAUGGAAAUGUGCAGAGUGUCCUAACUAUGACCUAUGCUCAGCCUGUUACCAUGGUGACAAGCAUUCACUUAGACAUCGGUUUUAUAGAAUGAACACACCUGCUAGUGAAAAGGUUCUGUUGGAGCCUAGAAGGAAAAGUAAAAAAAUUGUUGCAAGAGGGAUCUUUGCUGGUGCUAGGGUUGUGCGUGGAGUAGAUUGGGAAUGGGAAGACCAAGAUGGAGGCAACGGUCGAAGGGGAAAAGUUACUGAAAUUCAAGACUGGAGUGCUACUGGACCCCGUAGUGCAGCUUAUGUUUUAUGGGACAAUGGAGCAAAAAACCUUUAUCGAGUUGGUUAUGAAGGCAUGUCUGAUCUAAAGGUUGUGAGUGAUGCUAAAGGUGGUAUAUUCUAUCGAGAUCACCUUCCAUGCUUGGGUGAGCAUGGACCUGGAGGACAUGGUAACCAAGGGGCAUUCCUCAUUAGUGACCAGGUCAAUGUUGAUCUUGACCUUGAGAUUGUGCAGUCACUGCAGCAUGGUCAUGGUGGGUGGACAGAUGGAAUGUUUGAGACCCUUGGUGUGACAGGCACUGUUGUAGGAAUUGAUGAAGACCAUGACAUUGUAGUUUCAUACCCAAGUGGUAAUAGAUGGACAUUCAAUCCUGCAGUUUUAACAAAGACAAACGGAUCAGCAGCAGGAGUUGCAAGUGGUGGAGCAGAAGCUUCCACUGCGAGCCCAUUCCAAGUGUCUGAUUUGGUACAAAUCUGCAGUGAUUUAGAGCGAAUCAAGGUGUUGCAACGGGGACAUGGUGAAUGGGCAGACGCUAUGCUUCCGACUUUAGGAAAAAUUGGUCGCGUUCAACAAAUUUACCAUGAUAAUGACUUGAAAGUAGAAGUUUGUGGAACAUCUUGGACAUACAAUCCAGCUGCUGUUACCAAAGUUGCUUCAGAUAACACUGGAUUAGGAUCCUCGUCAGAACGAUUGUCAGCACUCUUGAAAAAAUUGUUUGAAACUCAUAUAACUGGUGAUUUGAAUGAAGAACUUGUAAAAGCAGCUGCAAAUGGGGAUGUGGCACGCUGUGAGGAGAUUCUCUCAAGGCAUGACCUAGAUGCCAAUGCUCAGUUUGCUGGACACACAGCUUUACAAGCUGCAAGUCAGAAUGGACACACGGACAUCAUCAAGGUUCUUAUGUCCCACAUGGUUGAUGUCGAAAUUGAAGACAAAGAUGGUGACCGAUCAAUUCACCAUGCUGCUUUUGGAGAUGAGGCAUCGAUCAUACAGAUAUUACAUUGUGGUGGAGCAGAUUUGAAUGCCCGUAACAAACGGCGCCAAACAGCGCUUCAUAUUGGUGUAAAUAAAGGACACUUGGGAGUAGUGAAGGUGUUGCUGGAACUUGAUGCUCAUCCUAGCCUACAAGACUCGGAAGGCGAUACACCGCUUCAUGAUGCCAUUAGUAAAAAACGUGAUGAUAUUCUACAGCUCCUAUUGGAUCACAGUGCUGACAUCUGUAUCACAAAUAACAAUGGUUUCAACGCCCUGCAUCACGCUGCUUUACGUGGCAACCCAAGGUAAAUAUUUUUUUAAUUGAAUU